AUUCUGGACGAUCGCAAAAUGGAACUGCAGCAGCGCCGGAAAAACGUCCUGCUCCCGUUUCCAUACAGGAAAAAACAACGACAGUUUGGAAAGCCAUGAACGUCAUCAUCAGUGAUCAACUGCCUGAAGAUGAAGUGUCCACCCAAAGCUGAUGUCGCUGGGACACGUCGUCUCUCCUCUCCUGUGCAGAUGGGGAGCUGCGAGGGCAUUUCCUCGACCCUGCACCGAUCCAGAUAUAUCAGCUGGUGUGUGGACUCCGCAGAGCCACCUGCACCUGCAGCUCUGAGGGAAACAGAAGUCGCUCCGGAAGAAUCUUUCCACGAGAACUCAGUCCCGCUUCUCCUCCUGUCGCCACCAGAAACCAGUGGAGGAGAAGCGAACACAGCAUGUUCCCAUCGACGCCCAGAGCCAACUCUCACCGAGAGGACGCGUCCCAAGGCCUGCACACAUUCCCCGCCAUCCCAGUUGAGCCCACAGUGCAGCUCUGCUGUGCACAGCACUGACAGAACCCCCAAUCCUCCGGCUGAUGAUGGCGAGGAGGAUGAUGCUGGUGAGGAAGGAAUAAAGGGGAUCAGUGAGGAGCUGGAGGACAUGUGCUUCUUCCUUCCCAGGAGCAGUCCGGUCAUCUCCAGACGCCACAGGCCCGGCUCCUGGCAUGGAGAGGGCACCGGCAUGUCGGCACCAUCAAGCAACAUAGACUCCCGGUCUCCUGCUUCUGGUCCGCUGUCUCUGGACCCGGGUGGGUGCCCAGCUGUCCCCAGCAUGGUGGAUGUGGGAUCCAGACAGAGCUCCUGUCCACACCUGUCCCCCCUUCAGAAGGACAAGAAACCGCUCUGCGUCUCUGCCUCAUCGCAUCUGAACCGACUCCUCGGCCCCUGGGUCAACUGUCGUUUCAGCGGACAGCAGGGAUUGGCUAAGGAGGACAGGGGGCGGGGUCUAACCAGCUGUGACGCCUCACUCAUCAGGGAUGUGGUCAUUCCACUGGAAUCUUCUUUCGUACCAUUUACCUACACUACAGAAACAACACGUGUAUUUGUUUUGUCAGGCCUCUCUUCCGCAACACUGCAGAAUGAAGAGAGAAUACGCUGCAGGGGCAUCCCAGACUUCUUCAAGACCAGUUGUGAUCUGGAAAAGGAGAAUGCUCAUUUCAUUGUGGUGGACAUGAUGCUGGAGGUGCUGGAGGGCGUCAAAUGGACCCUGAGCUCUGACCGAUGGACGUCCAAGAUGGACACGCGGCGGCAACGCUCGCGCUGCAACGUGUUCACGCGCAGAGACGCCAGCUCGGCGGAGGACAUGCCGCCACGUGGACACAAAGACAGAUGUAGAGCAGCAAGAGGCACACGGGCCGGCAGGGCGAGUGAUCCUCGACAAGAGACUGACAACACAUCAAACACACACACACGCCACCACACGCAGGAUGAAGAGGAGGAGGAGGAGAAGGAGGAACCAGUGAAUCACGAGGCUGAACAUCCGCCGGAGACUUUCUCCAUCCUCUCCUCGGACAGUGGAUUUGAAGAGUCAUGUGGAGUCGACCCUACGCUGACACCGAGAAAGUCUCUCCCAAAUGCAGAGUGGCUGGCCCAGCAGUUGGUGCUGGGGUUCAGGAGGAGCUGGCUUCCUUCCCAUGAGCCUCGGCGUGCUCGGCAAAGCCUCCGCAGCUCGCUGCAGGAGUUGCCAGGUACUGGAGAUGUGGCGGUGAGCAGCGGCAGCCUGGCAGAGGAGAUCAGACUGAGGACCAGGAUGAGAGGAUCCCUGAGCUGGGCCCCGCCGCGCUUCCAGAUCAUCUUCACCGUUCAGCCGACCAACAGACGCAGUGAGGUCGUGGCUCUGCAGCACUUCCUGUGUGCAGGCUGUGGGACCGAGGUGGAGCCUCGGUACAUCAAGAAACUGCGGUACUGUGAAUAUCUUGGCCGGUAUUUCUGUGACUGCUGCCACGGCGGCUCUGAAGCUGUGAUUCCUGGUCGGCUUCUGACCUGCUGGGACUUCGGCAGGUACCCUGUGAGUGAUUUCUCCAAACAGCUGCUGGAUUCAGUUUGGCAUCAGCCUCUGUUUGACCUGAGCUGCGUCGGUAAGACGCUCUACAGCAGCGUGAAGGAGCUGGACAAGUUCAGGGAGCUCCAGGAGCAGCUGAUGGGCAUCAAAAAGCUGCUGUCAGCCUGCAGAUUAUCUGGAAGGGCGAUGUCCGAGUUUGACCAGCUCCCUGCUCACCUGAUGGAGCAGCCUCCCCUGUUCUCCAUGGAGGACCUGUGGAGGGUGAAGAAGGGUCUGCUGGUGGUGCAGGCCCGGGCGCUGCUGCACUCUGCCAUCGAGCAUGUCGAAAACUGUGAGUUGUGUCUGGCCCGAGGUUUUAUCUGCGAGUUCUGCAGAGAAAGAGACGUCAUCUUUCCUUUUCAGGCGGACAUAUGUCGGCGAUGUCCAGCGUGCAGGGCGUGCUUUCACAAACACUGUUUUGUGCAAAAAAAGUGUCCAAAAUGUGCACGGAUCCAAUCACGGAAAAAACGUCCAGACGGAUCCCACGAAGAGACGACUCGGCACGAACCUUUAUGACUGAUGCGUUACAUGUGCCACAGGUUCAUGUCUUUACUCCUUCCCUUUAAGUGCAUGAUAAUAUCUUCAUUUCUAUAAUCAGGGAAUACAAACUCACAAUGUCUUUCUAAUUCAAUUAGCAUGAGAGGGAUUCUUGACCUGGAGCCCUGAAACACCUCUGAGAGUCUGGGCUGUCUGCUGUUUCUCACCGGAAACUGAUGAAGUAAACAUUUAAAUGUUGAAUCGGCAAACUUCCAGAAAUCUUUUUCAGGAACACCGUUAGUUUUUUAUACAUUGUGUAUAUAUAUCAUGAUGUUGUAAUUUGUGACAUGAGAUUGAUUUUUAUCUACGUUUUAUUUGUUUUUCUCCGUUGUUGCAUUUUUUGGCCAGGUCGUAACUGUAAAUGAGAACUGGUUCUCGAUUGACUUAUUUGGUGGAAUAAAGUUAAAA